AUGAACGAACAUAUAUAAAAAAGGAGAUAGUAGUAGGCUAGAUUAAGGGAAAGAGAAGAGGAGAACAAAGUGGACCCUAAGAAUGAAAUUGGAUUCUUUCAUCUGAAAGGAUAAUAUUAGAUUAGUUUUAGGCAACCGCUAUAUCAAGGUCUAGUUGAAGCAAUCUUUCCAAUUCUGCUCCAAUAUCUUUUAUCAGGCUACACUAAUUAGUGGUACUACUUCUAAAACCUACUAUUCAUUUACAUUUCGUACAUCCUCAAGUACUUUAAAUGUGAAUACUCGGCUAUGAAACUUCCAAUCAGAAGCAUUUAAACAUUUUACAUUGGAGUUACCUAUUUCUUCUACAGAAAUCAAGUCUAAUUGUACCAUAAUUUGCUGAUGAUGUUCGGAAUAGAAACAUUCAUUGAAUAUAUUCCAGGGGGAUUGACUUUUGGAGAACUCUUCAACUUGUCCUCUCUAAACUCUUACUACUGCUGCUACUUUAUCGAGACUCUAAAAAAAUAGCACAUCUCAAUGUACUUUGUAGGCAAGAACACUCAUAACACGCUUGUAUUUACUCCUUGGGCAGUGUUCAAUCUUACUUGGAUUAUUGCUACUCUUGGGAGUUAUGUUAUUAAGAACAAGGUCAUUAAUGCCUUCUAAUCCUUUGUAAUUGCAGUUGCAAUAGUCUUAGGGUUGAUAUAACAAGCUCAAGGAUUAGGCCAUUUAAUGCCAUUCUUGGAGGAGAUUUUUUUCAAGUGUGCUUUGCCAAUAACUGUUCAAUUUAUUGUCCUAGGUGGUGGUUUUUAGAAUAAGGAAUUCUAACUAUUUGGAAUAUCAGGAUUGAUAUAUCUUGGAAUAGGAGAUGUUUUUGCUUCUGUAUUUGGAAAGAAAUAUGGUUUGGUUAAAUGGAAAAACAAUAAUUCAAAGACAACUUAAGGAACUUAAUACUUUGUCUUUUCAACCUUUAUAGCCUAUCUUAUGGUUAUUAACAUUAUCUAUCCCAGAUAUCUAGAUAUUUUUAUGGUGAUACUAUUAUCAACUAUACUUGGAGGAAUUUGUGAAGGUCUAACCCACUAAUACGAUAACUUAGUCUGCACUAUCUUUUUCUACUAUGUUUUAGUCACAGCAAACAACUUUUUUUAGGGAUUAAUUUGA